AGGAUCCGGCGUUCCAACCCAGCGGGAAAAUGCGGCCGCUGACUGAAGAGGAGACCCGAGUAAUGUUUGAGAAGAUAGCAAAAUACAUCGGGGAGAAUCUUCAGCUGCUGGUCGACAGGCCCGACGGCACCUACUGUUUCAGGCUCCACAAAGACCGAGUGUACUACGUGAGUGAGAAGAUUUUGAAGUUGGCCGCCAAUAUCUCCGGUGACAAGCUGGUGUCGUUGGGGACGUGCUUCGGAAAAUUCACCAAGACUCAUAAGUUUCGGUUGCACAUCACGGCUCUGGAUUACCUAGCACCCUAUGCCAAGUAUAAAGUGUGGAUAAAACCUGGAGCAGAGCAGUCCUUCCUGUAUGGGAACCAUGUGCUGAAAUCUGGACUUGGGCGAAUCACUGAAAACACUUCUCAGUACCAGGGAGUUGUCGUGUACUCCAUGGCAGAUGUCCCUCUGGGUUUUGGGGUGGCAGCAAAGUCCACACAAGACUGCAGGAAAGUAGACCCCAUGGCGAUUGUGGUAUUUCAUCAAGCAGACAUUGGGGAAUAUGUGCGACAUGAAGAGACAUUGACUUAAAGCAAAAUCGUCGCAAGGACUUGUGGCUGUGUGGAAGGGGCUAGUUUUGUUUCCUGUGUCUCUGUAGGCGCCACCGUCAUGUUGAAUUUUUGUCAACACUGUGACCUCUUCAGGGAUUUCUUAGUUUAAUAUUUUCUCUAUCACGGACAAAUGCAGG